UUUAUCACGAGUCACGGGAGCACCGACCAAAGGGGGCCACGCGCGCAAGUCUACGAGAGACGACCCCCGCUUGUCCCGCAAUUCGUUAUGAGACAAAGUCGAGGCGUCGCCCCACAUUAUUUCCGUUAAAAUAUUUAUGCUGUUGCCAGGUGCAGUUAAGUGAACAAAACACCGUUUCCAAGUUGUAUAAUUCUGCCGAAGUGUCUGCGAUAUUUACGUUUUACGAUGGAAGCCACGGAAGACUGGAGAAGUUAUGCAACAAUUUGUAGAUUGUGUAUGCAAAGAGAUGGCUUUAUGCUGGGGAUAUUCAAUCAUAUACGUGGUAAAGAGAAAAGCAUUUAUAGGAAAAUUAUGGAUUGCACUGACCUUCAGAUUUCAUCAGGUGAUGGCUUGCCAACUUGCAUCUGUCAUAGAUGUUUAUACAAGAUAGAGCUGUGCAUAGAAUUCAAGCAACAAUGCUCCAUGUCGGAUGCAACGCUAAGACAAAUCAACGGUAUGCCCGCGAAACAAACUACUGAAAAUUCUUCAAUUGUAAUGUCAAAAAACUAUACCCAAGAUGACGAAGCUAUAGUGGUUGUUGAUCCUUUAGUUUUAGACUACGAUUCUGAAUAUGAUUCCGAAAAUGAACAGCAAAGCGACAUAGACAAUCCAGAAUUGAACGAUCUGUAUGAGUUUCGAAAUGUUUUCAUGUGCAAAUUUUGUGAUCAAGCAUUUACCGGCAAAACGGAGUGUGCGUCGCACGAAAGUUCUGCACAUAAUCAUAACGUUCCCUAUAACUGUACCGAAUGUGACAUGGGUUUCGGUGAUCGAGCCCAAUACUCGGCACAUCUAAAAAGUGUCCACCAAAACGAUAAACCCUACAAUUGUCCACAAUGUGAACGUACUUUUGCUCGGAGAUCCGAUUUAAGGAAACACACCAUCGUUCACACGGGAAUAAAGCCGUUCACUUGCAAUAUUUGUUUUAAAUCGUUUUCUCGCAAUACAAACUUAUCAAAGCACAUGCGCAUUCACUCGGGUCAGAAACCAUUUGUAUGUCCGAAGUGUCCAAAAACUUUCAUUUCAAAAGGAGAUUUGACAAGACACGCCAUUAUACACUCGGGUCAAAAACCGUUUAGAUGCAAUUAUUGUCAUCUAAGUUUUGGAAGAAGGGAUAAGUUAAUGAGACACGAAAAACGUCACUUCCCGCAGACUAAUUCGGAAGACAAAUCUCAAGAGUUGGAAUUAAUGAGACAAAACUUGUCAAUUAAUGAUUACGGGUACAAAAAUGAAACGGAAAACACUAUGGAGGCGACUACCGAUCCAGAAAAACAAGAGGAGUGGGCAAGUUCAGAAAAUAUGAUAAUCAAUCUAGAUCCCUUUAAUCACAACAGUUACGGUAAUCCGGAUAAUACUCCUCGAAGUGAUCUUCAUUCAGAAGCAGAGCCAGUUGACACAGAGCAACAGGAUGGCGUUUCUGCGCCAUCAGAUAUCAACACGGACAACAUAGAAAAUACUGCACCAGCAGAUGCAGAACUUGCACCACCUCUUGAUCAUAUUACAGGAGACAGUGUUUCAGCCAAAAAUGAAGUUAAACCAAAAAUAAAUAUGAAUAAUGUUAAGCGAUACCCUUGCUUAAGGUGUAAUAAACGUUUCUCAAACCCAGAAGAUUUAAAAUUACAUAUGACUUCACAUACUAGCGAGAGGCCUUAUAAUUGUAACAUGUGCAGCAAGACAUUUUUGAGAAAAAGAGAGCUCGACAGGCACUUGGCUACUCAUACAGGCAUGAAACCCUUUAAGUGUCCUAGUUGUGAUAAGAGAUUUGGGCGUAAAGACAAAUUAGUAAGACACAUUCGUAUUCACGACAUUAAUAAAGAACAUAUAUGCGUGAUCUGUGGGGCUUCUUUUAAUCGAAAAGAUGGACUCGCUCACCAUAUGAAAACACAUGCUCGAGACAACACCGAUAUCGCUCUCAACAUUCUCUAAUGAUAGUAGAAUUAGUCCAAUUUGAUCAAUUUUGUUAUUUAUAUUUUACAGUUUGAAUUUUUGUCACAUGCUAUUUCAAUUUAUGUCAAUAAAUGAUAUGGUUUUGUA